AUGGGUUCAUACUCUAACACCAGCAUUGUCCAAAAGCCACCCAGGCUUUCCAUGGGAAGCCUUCAAAGAACCAUUUCUGACAUUUCAGAUGAACUAAGCAGCAGCUCCAAAGAAGCCAUUCAUGCCAUGCAGCUUCCAACUAUCUCUGAGGUUGAGGAUGCCAAGUGUGAGUGCUGUGGCUUGUGUGAAGAGUGCACCAACGAGUACAUCAAUCGCGUGCGAAACCAGUAUUCGGGGAAGCUGAUUUGUGGGUUGUGUGCAGAAGCUGUGAAGGAAGAGAUGGAGAAGAAUGGAGGCAAAAGAGAAGAGGCUGUCAAUGAGCAUUUCAGUGAUUGUGUCAAGUUCAAUAGGCUUGGCAGGGCAUACCCUGUUUUGUACCAGGCGGAGGCCAUCAAAGAGAUCUUGAAAAAGAGUUCAAAAAUUAGGGCCAAGUCUACAGGUCCUAGAGAUAAGAGUGUUAAAAAGAAUAAUGCCAUCACAAGGAGCUCCAGCUGCAUUCCUGCGAUUAAUCGAGAAGAACUGAGCCCUAAACCCUGA